AUUUUGUUUUUGAGUGGCUACUGAGAGAGUGUGUUUUGAGUUUUGGGCGUUGUGUUCUGUUCUGAUAAGUUUUGCUUUAGUUUGAGUGAUGUCUUCGUUUUAAUUGAUAGGAACUUUAAGGAGAUGGGCUCUGCCUCUCGUUGUUUCUCUCUGCAAAACUCGUGCAACGCUUCCUCUGCAACCGGGAUUCUCUACGACCCCCCCCUCGGCUUCAGCUUUCGAUCGCGGAUCAGGAAGAUUGUUAGAAUGUCUGCAACUCAAACUGAAAAUCCCAGAAUAUCAUUUGAAUCCUUGCCAAUAAAGCCUCCUUCACAUCCCACCUAUGAUUUGUGGGGUGUUAUCAAGUCGGCACUUUCUGAAGAUGCUGGGGAUCGAGGUGACGUGACAUGUCUGGCGACCAUUCCAUCUGAUAUGGAAGUGGAAGCCCAUUUUUUGGCAAAGGAGAAUGGUAUAAUUGCUGGAAUUGCACUUGCAGAGAUGGUAUUUCAUGAAGUGGAUCCUUCUCUGAAGGUUGAGUGGUCACAAAAGGAUGGAGACUCUGUACAUAAAGGCCUAGAUUUUGGAAAAGUUUAUGGACGAGCACACAGCAUUGUUGUAGCUGAGAGGGUAGCACUGAAUUUUAUGCAGAGGAUGAGUGGAGUAGCAACUUUAACUAAGGCAAUGGCAGAUCUUGCAAGCCCUGCACGUAUUUUAGAGACAAGAAAAACUGCUCCAGGUCUACGUUUGGUGGACAAGUGGGCGGUACUCAUUGGUGGAGGUCGAAAUCACAGAAUGGGUUUAUUUGAUAUGGUAAUGAUAAAAGAUAAUCAUAUAUCAAUAGCUGGAGGCAUCACAAAUGCCCUCAAAUCUGUAGACCUGUAUUUAGAGCAAAGGAAUCUCCAGAUGGAGGUUGAGGUUGAGACCCGGACAAUUGAGGAGGUAGACAAGGUAUUGGACUAUGCAUCUCAAACAGAGACUUCCUUGACCCGAAUAAUGUUGGAUAAUAUGGUUGUACCACUACCUAAUGGGGAUGUUGAUGUAACCAUGCUUGAACAAGCUGUGAAUUUGAUUGGUCGAAGAUUUGAAACUGAGGCAUCCGGCAAUGUUACUCUUGAAACAGUACACAAAAUUGGACAAACGGGGGUCAACUAUAUUUCUAGUGGUGCACUGACUCAUUCAGUAAAGGCUCUAGACAUCUCCCUCAAGAUUGAUACGGAGUUGGCUCUUCAAGUUGGAAGGCGCACUCAACGAGCAUGACAGUCUUUCAUACCGUAAUAUUUGUUUCCGAAGCUUUUCUAGGUGGUGACUUUGAACUUUCAACAAUUGGUGCAAAACCGGCAAAAUGGAUCUAAAGACAGCAAAUGGAGGCAUGCCCCUCUGCGCUUGACCUUGUGGUGCUGGACGGGCAACAUGCUCUUUGAACAAAUCUUCAAGAUUUAUUUAUAGUAUUCCGAUUUGAUAUAUUUUAUAUAUCAUUAAGGGUCUAAUUUUAUGUUAUAAGUCAAUUAUUAGCAACUUGGUAUAUAUAGAUGGUCAUAUAAGAUGAACUUCUGACUUCCGUACUGAAUAAAAUCAUUAAAAUAAAAAAAAUAAAAAAAUUAAGAUUCUGCAAA